GGAACAAUGAUUUGCACUCAUGUUUCUGCUUUUCUGGGGAAGCCAAUGUGUGUAGCACUAGGAAGUUCUGCCGGCUUUUCAUCAUGGAUGCGUCCAUGGAGGGUGAUAUCUGAAGGAGACUAAUUUCUUCGUACGUUUGUCAGCGUAAAUGUUCUGUUCCCAGGGAGUCAGUGUGGAGGCUCUACCAUGAGGUGUGCCCGCUGCCUUCUCCAGCUGCAGUGUCUCAGACUGGUGGGCCAGACAGCCAGAUCUGCUGCACAGAAUGGCGCUCUGCUCCAUUCAGCCUCCUCCAGUCAGCCUAACAUGCUGCAUAACACCCAGCACCAGGUGUUGAGGCGUUUCCAUGGCAGCCCAGUAUGUGCCAAGAUGCCACCUAUACCUGCAGAGUUCAUCGAUGAGGACGGCAAGAAGAGGGACAAGUCUUUGGUCACCCGUGAUGACCUGUUUGAGCAGGUGGCCAAAGACAUCAAAACCAAGGCCACGUUUAACAAAGUGGUGGACGUAUUCAUCAAGCAAGACGUGAGACGACGGGGUCACGUAGAAUUUAUCUACGCUGCUUUGCAGAAAAUGCCAGAGUUUGGCGUGGAGAAAGACCUGGCCAUCUACAACAAGCUCCUGGAUGUUUUCCCCAAAGAGGUGUUUGUGCCCAGAAACUUUAUCCAGCGGAUGUUCAACCACUAUCCCCGGCAGCAGGAGUGUGGAGUGCAGGUCCUGGAGCAGAUGGAGAACUAUGGUAUCACGCCAAAUAUGGAGACCAAAGUCCUGCUGGUCCAGAUCUUUGGAUUGAAGGGCCACCCCGUGAGGAAGCUCCAGCGCCUCAUGUACUGGUUCCCUAAAUUCAAACACACAAACCCCUUCCCUAUCCCCAAAGAGCUGUCUGAAGACCCAGUGGACCUGGCUCGCUUCAGCCUGACUCGCAUCACUAAUGACCGGGACGCUAAAGUCACCGUCUAUCAGCUGCCCUGCACAGACAUAACAGAGAGUGGAGAGGAGAUCACACUUCCACAUGUCGUAGGUAUCCAGAGCCCCAGCCAGAUGGAGCUGCUGGCCAAGCACAACCCGAGCAGGCCGGUGUUUGUAGAGGGCCCCUUCCCUCUGUGGCUGAGGAAGAAGUGUGUGUACUACUACGUCCUCAGAGCUGACCCCACACCGCCUGACGAGAAGGUUGAGGAGCCCUAUGAUCCAGAGAGGUGUUUUUACUAUUCUCUGCAGCUAGACCUGGAUUUGGACCGUGACUUUGGGGACGAGCAGAGCUUCAAUGUGGAAGACUUGGAUGAGGGUCCAGUCUUUGCCAUGUGUAUGACUGGCCGGGGAGAACAGGCCGUCCUCAACCAGUGGAUCUCUGGCCUCCAGCUGAACAACCCCAUCCUGGGUCAGGUCGCCACUCUGUUCCGCAUUGACGACGGACCCAAGGAACUUCUGGGGGCGGCUGACACAGAGUCAGACCACCACCACAGGACAGACCCAGACACCCGGACAGAGGACAGACAGCAUGAAGGAGAAGCUGAGGUAACAGUGGACGAAGAGCCGAGCAGAAGCCAGGGGAUUAAACAGUGAACAGCAGUCAGAUUGUGCGGUUAAGACUGACAGAAUAAAUCACAACAUACUGUAUAUGGCUGAUUUUAGAAGUACAUGUCCAUGCUAGGUAGGGGCUGGACUGGAUCUUACCAGGGAACACACCAAUUCAGCACAACCUGAGGAGGACUCUGACUCAUGCUGGUAAGGUUCAGUAAUCAAAUAAAUUAUAUUCUAAAAAACUGUGUGCUUCAUUUUUUUGCUGAAAGAUAAACAUUGAGCGGUUGUGAGAGGAUGAUAGAAAAGCAGAAAAAUA